AUGCAACGUUCUGAAAAGGACCCUUUCCUUGUUCUGUUCAAAUCUUCUGCGAGUUCAAUGCCUCCAUCGCCGACUUUAGAAGAAAUUUGUCACAUCUGUGGAGACCGUGCGACAAUUAAAAGAUACGGAGCACCUGCAUGUCUAGGGUGUACUGUGUUUUUUAGAAGAACUGUGGUGAUGAAUAUGAUUUAUAAAUGUUUGAGAGGAAACAAUUGUAUCAUUUCUUACCCCCACCGAUGCGUUUGUCGAUCCUGUCGAUUCGAAAAAUGCCUUCAAGUCGGAUUACGAAAAAAUGCCAUUCAUAUAAGGGAUCGUUUUGGACCCAGAAAAAAGUCUUCUAGACAAACUGCGGCUAACAACCAACCCAGCACAUUCCUAACAUCUUGGGUUAAAUUGCAAGGGGAACAGCAUAACCGACACUUGCCAUUUUUCGCAAUUCAUGGCGCUAGCGUCGCGUUUCGCCGAGAUAAUCAGAAUGUCUUGAAAUACCGCCGAAGAGCCACAGCACAGGACGUCAACAUAACGAUGAAGUUGGCUCUAGAGCAAGCAAAUGAGUGGGGUGAUGGGCUGGAACCAUUCAAAAACCUAGGUAUCGAAGUGAAGAAAAGUGUCCUAUCAGAAUACUUUCUGGCGUUUCUACUAAUUGACUCUACUUACAAAACUGCACAAGAAAAAGAUCAAGGAAUCUGGCUUCUUCCAAAUGGGAGUUUUGUACAUCCUGAUUAUUUUUUCGGACUUCCCCAAGCAAAUAUUGAUAUGGAAGAAAUCAAAACGAAGGCACAACUUCACUACGACUUUGUGUCCAACAUAUUGGAGGCAGUAGUACGGUCAUUUCGAAAGUUGCAAAUCGAUGAGACAGAGUGUGCCGUGUUGAAAACGAUUCUGAUAUUGAAGCCAUCUUGCUCCGAACGAGCAGUGUAUUCUGGCCAAGAGAGAGUUCUAGAAGGUCUCUAUACAACUUGUAUGAAUGAUUUAAUGAAUUACUGUAUGAUGAAGAAUAUCGAAACUGGAGUUGAACGAUUUGGGGAAAUUCUCCUGCUACUCAGCUCUAUUCGAUGUGGUGUCAAAAAUAUUUACAAUCAUACAAGAGUUUCUGAUUUAUUUAGUGAUAUGAGAUUCAAUGAUAGUGUUAAAAAUAUACUUUUAUAUUGA